UGUAACAAUCUCCAUGCUAAAGAUCUUAAUUUGUCUUUCAGAAUGAGAUACGUUGCAGCUUAUCUUCUGGCUGUCCUUGGGGGCAAUGACUCCCCCAAUUCAAAGGACUUAAAGAAGAUUCUCGACAGUGUAGGCAUUGAGAUGGAUGAUGAACGCAUGAACAAGGUUAUUAGUGAACUGAAUGGAAAAAAUAUAGAAGAUGUCAUUGCUCAGGGUCAUGGCAAACUCGCCAGCAUGCCAGUUGGUGGAGCUGUAGCAGUCUCAGCUGCUGCAGGUUCUGCUGCUCCUGCUGCUAGCGCUGCUCCUGCUGCUGCUGAGGAGAAGAAAGAAGAGAAGAAAGAGGAGUCUGAGGAAUCGGAUGAUGACAUGGGAUUUGGCCUAUUUGACUAAACUUUGCUACAGAAGUUAUUAAAUCUUUUUGUUUAAAAUGGA